AUGCAAGGUAAAAAGAUGGCUUAUCAGAAGGUCAAUGCAGAUCAAAGAGCUCCAGGACAUUCACAGUAUUUAGACAAUGAUGACCUUCAAGCCACUGCCCUUGACUUAGAGUGGGACAUGGAAAAGGAACUGGAGGAGCCUGGUUUUGACCAGUUUCAGCUAGAUAGUGCUGAGAAUCAGAACCUGGAGAAUCCCGAGACUGCAGACCUCAAUCUUGAUUCCAUUCAACCAGCAACUUCACCCAAAGGAAGGUUUCAGAGACUUCAAGAAGAGUCUGACUAUGUAACCCGUUAUACAAGAUCUGCACCAAAGAGCAACCCCUGCAAUUUUUGCCGGCUUUUAAAAAUACUUUGCACAGCCAUCAUUUUAUUUAUUUUGGGGAUUUUGAUAGGCUAUUAUGCACAUAAAAAUUGCCCUUCAAAUGCUACAUCUUCAGGAACACUUGAUCUUCAGUUUUACCAAGAGAUUCUCAAGACAAUCCAAGCAGAAGAUAUAAAGAAGUCUUUCAGAAAUUUGGUACAACUGUAUAAAAGUGAAGAUGACACAGAAAUUUCAAAGAAGAUUAAGACUCACUGGACUUCUCUGGGCCUAGAAGAUGUACAGUUUGUAAAUUACUCUGUGCUGCUUAAUCUGCCAGGCCCCUCUGCCAGCUCCGUGACUCUGAGCAGCAGUGGCCAGUGCUUUCAUCCUAAUGGCCAGCCUUGCAGCGAAGAAGCCAGAACACACAGCAGCCAAGAUCUGCUUUACUCAUAUGCAGCCUAUUCUGCCAAAGGAGCUCUCGAGGCUGAAGUCAUUGAUGUGAGUUAUGGAAAUGCAGAUGAUUUAAAAAGGAUACAAAAAAUGAAAAAUACAACGAAUCAGAUUGCACUUCUGAAAUUAGGAAAAUUGCCAUUACUUUAUAAGCUUUCCUUAUUGGAAAAGGCUGGAUUUGGUGGUGUUCUUCUAUAUAUUGAUCCCUGUGAUUUGCCAAAGACUGCAGAUCUUAACUAUGACACCUUCAUGGUGUCACUGAACCCAGGAGGAGACCCUUCUACCCCUGGUUAUCCAAGUGUGGAUGGAAGCUUUAGGCAAAACCGAUCAAACCUCACGUCCCUGCUGGUGCAGCCCAUUUCAGCAUCUCUUGUUGCGAAACUGAUCUCUUCGCCAAACAGCAGAACCAAAAACGGUGUCUGUAGGCCCCUAGAACUGCCAAGCAAUGAUGAAAGAAUUGUCAACAUACAAAUUCAGACAGUUACAAAAUUCAAAACAGUUACUAACGUUGUUGGAUAUUUAAAGGGCUUGACAUCUCCAGAUCGGUAUAUCGUGGUUGGCAGCCACCAUCACACUGCAUACAGUUAUUAUGGACAAGAAUGGGCCAGCAGCACUGCCAUCAUCACAGCCUUUAUCCGGGCCUUGAUGUUAAGAGUUAAGAGAGGGUGGAGACCAGACCGCACAAUAGUUUUCUGUUCAUGGGGAGGAACAGCUUUUGGCAAUAUUGGCUCAUAUGAAUGGGGAGAGGAUUUCAAGAAGGUUCUGCAAAGAAAUGUUGUAGCUUAUGUCAGUCUCCAUAGUCCCAUAAGGGGUAACUCAAGUUUCUCUUCUGUAGCUUCACCAUCUCUUCAGCAACUGGUGGUAGAGAAACAUAAUUUCAACUGCUCCAGAAGAGCUAAGUGCCGAGAAACCAACGUCAGUUCUGUACAGAUACAAGGUGAUGCUGAUUAUUUCAUCAACCAUCUUGGAGUUCCCACGGUGCAGUUUGCCUAUGAGGACACCACAGCAUUAGAGGGUCCAAGUUUUCUCUCUGAGGCUCUUUUCCUCAAACGUGCAACAAAAAUUGAAGAAAUGGAUCCUUUUUUCCACCUUCAUGAAACCAUUACCAAGCUCUCUGGAGAAGUGAUUUUGCAAAUUGCCAACGAACCAGUUCUGCCCUUCAGUGCUCUCGAUAUAGCUUUACAAGUUCAAAACAGUCUUAAAGGUGAUCAACCCAACACUCAUCAACUGCUGACCUUGGCCUCACGCCUGCGGGAGAGUGCUGAACUCUUCCAGUCAGAUGAAAUGCGUCCUGCUAAUGAUCCCAAGGAGAGAAUUCCAAUCCGUGUCCGGAUGCUGAAUGACAUUCUCCAAGACAUGGAGAAAAGCUUCCUGGUAGAGCAAGUGCCACCAGGUUUUUAUAGAAAUAUCCUGUACCACCUCGAUGAGAAGACAAGCCAAUUUUCAAUACUCCUGGCGGCUUCAGAGCGCUGCAAGUCACUGGCAUCAAAUGAGACGAUUCAGGAAGCCCUGUCGGAGGUGUUGAACGGCAUUAAUGCAGCUCAGGGUUACUUCAAAGCAGGACUUGAUGUGUUCGAGAGUGUCGUGGUUGGAAAGAACUAAGAAACUCUCAGCAUUUUAACAAGUUUGUUUACAAUUCCUCAAGCAAAAGCUCUAAUCUAACCAGAUUUUCUGAUAUUGAAGACUCCCCCCCAAUGACUUUUUAUACAAGUCCAAAGCUAUUAUUACAUUGUAUUUUUAAAUGUACAUAUAAAAGAGCAUUUUGCACAUUUAAUAUUUUCUUAUAUCUACAUCUCUGAAUAUGUAAAAUCAAGCUAUUGAAAUAAUACUUAAGAUUUAUCUAUUAAAAAGAAAUCUGCUGUAUUUUUAUAUAUAUAUAAAAUAUUUGGGGGGGCAAGGUUCCAAGAAGUUCUGGACAAUCUUCACUUCUAGGGAUACCACAUAUAGGAACAGAAGUUAUUCCCUAUGUUACAGCUAAUAAUGACCUAGUUUCUGUAAUAGAAAUGGAGACUUGAUAUGGUUUCAGAUUAACUUCACUAGUAAGUAUUCAAUAUGAAGAAUUCAAGUAUUCCGACUGAAUGAUUGGUCGACCAAAACCACUUUGAAUGUUUCUAUUUUAUGAAAUGAAGUGCCUGUUCGUAAUACAACUAGAUGUAGUAAUACACUGGUUAUGAAAUUGUAUUUUUUAAGUAUUAAUGAAAAAAAGAGCCAUAAACAUUCCAGGGGAAAAUCUCAAAGUAGCUGCACAAAGCAAUUUAAAUGCAAAUUUUUUCCUAACAACUUAUAAGGUGACUAGCUUUGAAACCCCUAAUUUGCCUCAGUUGAUUUUGUAAAAAUUACAGGAGUGAUACAUGUCUUACGAGGGAGAAAAUAUUUCUUAUUUCUUCUUCUCUUGGUUCUGUAGGAAGCACUGAAACCUUGCUACUCAAAUGAAAGCAUUUUGCAUUGCUUUUCCUUCUUGUAUCUCUUCUGAAACUCCUUCCUCCUGUAAGGCAGUUUUAAUAGAACACCAUGCAAUUUCCACAGGAAAGUAGCAAAGUUUCUCUUUGAAAACCCAAACUAUCUUAAAAAAGCAUCAAAUUGCUAUUUCUGCCACUGACACAAAGGACUUACAAUGAAAGAAAUAGUUGUUUGAUCAAUGAAAAGCUUCUUAAUUCUGUGAAGAAACUUUUGAUGUUUUUCCUUCUUUCUCCUUGAUUGUGGCUAAGAUGCAAGUGUAGAAAAUAUUCAUGCUUCUAAUAUUAUGCAGAAAAUACAGUGUUACUACAAGAGUGUAUCUUUCCUAUACUUCGAUUCUUUUCUCAUGUGGAAAAUGAAGUUUUUCAUAUUGAUGUUGUUAUGGAAUGGACCCAGCUAGCAUCCACUAUUGCCCAAAAGCCUAAAAUUCUUUCUAUUGGGUGACAGUUUAAACUGUGAGCUUACCUUUAGAAAUGUUCUUCCGGUAUUGAAUAAAGCAAUGCCUCUGAGGAAACAUAUUUUCAGCAUAUUUUAUGUGAACUUUCUCUACCUAACACAACACUCAAACACACUUCCCAUUUACAUACACCACAAAACAACAUUCCAGAAAAUGCUUGUAUGUCUAAGUCUCCAGUGUUUAUGGAUAAGCAAAACCUACUCUUCGUUUAAAAGAAAGCUACAGUUGAGGGGAAAGAAUUAAUCAGUAUUGAUUAAUUGAUUUAUAGGGGUCAGCUGUUUCUAUCAUAAGUAAUGUGUAUAAGCUCAAGGCAAAGAGGAAAAUUGAUGUAAUUAGCUAGAUAAUUCAAGCAGAAAUCCAUUUUCAUAUGAAUUGCUGUGUAUGCAUAUUUUUAAGUGACAAAUGAAACUACCUUACAAUUUUUUUUAAAACCAUUGUACUUGCUUGAAAAUAUUUCCCAUGUUGAAGAGUAUCUACAGAGAAAGGCUCAGAGGACCAGCCUCCCAUGAGCCUCAGCCUCAACGCCCUCUCUUGCUCCACAGAAAUCAGCAGCAGAACAGAGGUGAGAAGUCACAGACAGCCAUGUGUGGAGCCAUAUAAGAGAGUGCUUUAUACCAAAGGACCUCCAACAUUUAGCCAAACUUUGCUGUGUUCAUUCCAGUUCUUCAUUUGGAGUUGAAGUUACUUUAAAAGAUCCUGGAGUUGGAGCUGAGUUUAAAACAAACAAAAACAAGUAAUUCCUAGUUUCAUAGUUUAUCAUUUUAAAAUUAAAUCCUAAGUAAAUUCACUCCCUUAGUCUGUAAGACUGUUGAGAGCACGAAAUAUACGUUUGUACAUUUUGGUUUAAGGAUUGAUUGUGUAUCUAGGUAAACCACCUUGAUAAAAAUCUCAAUAUUAGUAGUCACCCUUCUAAAUUGUGUGGUAUUUGAUAUUUGAAAAAACUAAGCUAUGUACUGUGCUUUUAUUAGUCUAUUUAAGAGAUGAUGUAAAGAAAGUAAAUUAUAAUUAAAACAGAUGUCCACUCAUUCUA